CGUUUUGUCUGUCUGUUGGCAGUAUUGUUUAAUCGAAACGUCAACAAAUUUUGAGGUUAGACGUAGCAUCAUUUUGGUUUGCUUUUGUUAUUUUAGCAUAUUAUGUAGUGUUAAUGCGUUAAAAUGAGCUCCCCAAGUAACGAAAAUGAAGAACCGUCCUCUACAAGUCAGUUAGCAGACGAUGAGCCCACCAGGAGCGGGGGCGAAAGCUCCUCUGCAAAGACGCAGCGACCGCCCGCCAAGCGGCGGCUUUCCAGCACGGUGAUCGAGAUUUCUGAUACUGAGAGUGAUGACUCUGAUGUUUGUGCAGUGAAUUCAUACCAGGCUUCUGCCGAUGAAGUCAAAAGGAUCCGCGGGGCGGAUUAUUCUUCAUCAUCAUCAUCAUCAUCAGACUACAGCUCUGAUUCUGAGUCCCCAUGGGAAGAUGACUCAGUGCUUGUGGAGGAUGAGGACCUUACCAGUAAGCCUGUCAAAGCACAGCUUAACCCUCGAGCUAACAGAAUGGACGAACCUAAACUUAACCCUACUCUCAAAGCACAAGAAUUAAAAGAUAGUCUAAAAACACACUGGAGCGAAUGCAAGGACCACACAAGCAAUGAGGUCACACUUACAUGUGAACCUUUCCGAGUGUGCUUACUGCACAACUUACUAGACAACCCUGAAAUCAUCAACAACAUAGUGGACGACAUGAACACCUUGGACUGGUCGCGGAAGAAGAUGGACCUGUUUGAGUUCCACCAGACCACAGACCUGGCCAGUCUCACAUGGCAGCGGAGUAUAAGGGGCAUAUAUGAGCUUUUGAAGACUGAAGUGAUGAGUUGGGUGUCGGAGGUGACGGGUCUGGAGCUGACGUCGGUGUCGGCGUCGUGCUCGCUGUACGGGCCGGGCGACCACCUGCUCGUGCACGACGACCUGCUGGCCGACCGCCGCGUGGCCUUCAUCCUCUACCUGUCGCCCUGGGCCCCACGCGCCGCCGGGCCCGCGCGCGUCGAGAACGGCAGUGGGGACCAUGAUGAGAAGAAGGCUGCGUCUCGGCAGCAGGAGUCGUACGCGUGGUGCGAGUCGAUGGGCGGUGCGUUAGAACUUCUAGCGCGGGAUGAGAGCGGGCCCACGGACGUCGUGCGCCGCGUGUUCCCGCGAAACAACAUGUUGGCCUUCUUCAAGGUCGGCGUCGACUCCUUCCACCAGGUGGGCGAGGUGCUGUCGCUGGAGCUGCCGCGGCUGUCCAUCAACGGCUGGUUCCACGGGCCCGCGCCGCCCGGCGCCGACCCGCCGCCGCCCGACCCCGGCCCGCCGCUCGACCCGCCGCUCACGCCGCACACCGAUGUCGUGCUCCUGAACCAGUGGGUGGAGCCGACGUACAUGUCGCCGCGCAGCCGCGGGCAGAUCCAGGCGCAGAUGGAGCGCGAGAGCGAGGUGUGCCUGCGCGACCUGCUGCUGCCCGACAAGCACCGACAGGUGCUCGAAGCGCUGCAACACCCGGACAUCGAGUGGGAGCUGGUGGGCCCGGCGCACCAGCGGCGCUACGAGCGCGUGUCGGCGGCGUGGCUGGCGCGCGCGGGCGGCAAGGCGGGCUGCGUGCGCGAGCUGCUGCGCCUGGCCGGCUCCAGCGCCUUCUGCCGCCUGCUGGCCGACUGCAGCGACCUGCAGCUGGCCAGCUACCGCCGCCUCGAGCUGCAGCGCUGGGCGCCCGCUUGCUUCACGCUGCUGCCGCCGCGGGAGCAGUACCAGUGGGCGCGGCUGGAGGCGCUGCUGUACCUGGGCGCCGGUGGCGGGGGCGCGGGCGGCGGCACGCUGUUCGUGGCGCCGGAGGAGGGCGGCGCGGGCGCGGCGCUGGUGAGCGUGCCGCCGGCCGACAACGCGCUCAGCCUCGUGUACUGCGACGCCGGCGCCGCCUCCUUCACCAAGUACGUGUCGCGCCUCACCACGCCGCCCGACCACCGCUUCUACAUCCUCACCUGCACCUACGCCGAGUGAGCGCCGCGGCGCGAGUGAUCGUGCUCGGACUUUAAUUCGAGUUUGUAAUUUGACGUCACAUGUUUUCGAGAUCGCGAUCGACGGCCAGCCGGGGCGGCGCGACCCCGCGACUUUUUACGUGACGCGCCCGCCGGCCGAGUGACGUUGCGGUUUGACAUCUUCUGUUUGAGUCUGUGUUCAUACAUACGUACACCCGCUUCCGUCGCCGCCCCGCCUCGCCGUGUGGCGAAAUGUAACAGAAAGUUGAAGUACUAAACUCCGAUUAAAAUGUAAUGUUGAAAGUGAAUUUAUGUUUGCGUGAGUUGCACGGCUAGACUGUUAAUCCGAUAUUUACCCCCAGUUGAUUGAUUGAUCGAUUAAAUUAUUCAUUUUUGUGUUGAUUACGGACGGCUAUUUUUUAUGACGACGACGACCGAUCACGUUAAAUCACAAUCUGUAGCUAUAAUAAUAUUCGAUGUCCUAACUAGUGAUGUAUGGUUGAAAUCUUGCGAGUUCUUUUAGUAAAUUGUUUCAUAAAUAAUAUAUUCCUGUCAUCUGAAUUAUUGGCUCAUCUGGUUUGGUACUUUUUCUCUGACUGUAUGGUUUAAUAAAUGUUUUUUACUGAAUAAAAGUGUAUUUGAUAAUCAUAAACGUAUCCUUCUUUGAAGAUGGUAAUGAUGAUAAUUGUUCAUGUGAUUAAUCCAAUCAAGAUAAAUAAUGUUUCAUAAUAAUGGAUUAGGUGUAAUUCAUGUGCUUAGUGUUAUGUUUGAUAUAAAAAUAUUGGAGUUUGUAAACAAAUCAUAUAUUACAUGUUAAUGUAUUAUGUAAAGACAUUGUAUUUUGUUGAGUUUGCAAUAUUAUUAGCAAAAAAGUACCGAACCAAAUACAAAUUAAUCCAACAAAUAAAUUACCACUACUCACUAGUGAUCGAUUGACUCUUUUACACAUGAGUAUGAAGUGAUUUUGUUCUUAAUUCAGUGUAGUGUAUGAUAUUAUGGUGUGUGGUUUAGCACUGUUGUUUCAAGACGCCAGGCCUCAAAAUUCUUAACAUAUUUUUGCUAUGAAAUAUGCAUAAUGAGCUUGACACAUUUUAUAGUAAGAAGUAACUUUGUGUGUAUUGUCAAACCAAACUUAGUUUUAGUGAAAUUAUAAAGAUUUUUAUAACAUCUUGCGGGGCCCAUCAACUUAUUGAUUGUAGAAUGAAAUGUCAUCCAAGCGGUAGCCAUAUUCUACCGAUAGGAAAUGUUAGUAUCUCAGGAGUUUGUUAUAGUAUUAAAAAUGGGUUAAAAAAUAAGCAAAGGAUUUUAGGUAGUUUUAAUUUGAGCAGCCAACAUUGUGUUUUUAAGAUGUAAAGUUAUUGUUUGGAAUACCCUUAUUUCGUGUGGUGUUAUAUUCCUAAUAUUAUGACAAGUUUCUCAGAUGACGUAUGGCGACCCCGCUAAGAAAGCCAGGGAAUUUUGAGGAACUAAAAUAUACGACUUAAGAGUAAUAGAUCAAAUGUUGUGGUCCCCAUUAAGUCCCUGAACGGACGGUGAAACGCAACUGCAACGAAACUGCAACUUUCUGAUGAUUCUGAUGAAUGAAACUGAAACUGAAAGUUUCAAACUGGUCGCGUCAUCUGUGGUCUCUCAACGGACGCUAUGGCAGAAACUUAGAUGCAACUCAAAAGUAGGUAACUAGCAGUUGCAGUUUCGUUGCAGUUGUAUUUCACCGUCUGUUCUGGGCCUAAGGAAUAACAUCCUUGUUACAAAGUACCCAAACUACGAAUUAUUGUUAUUGCUGUGUUUCCCAGUAGAGGUCAUAUCUUUUAGUUCCCGGUAGGGCUGUACCUUGAGAUUAACAGCUCAAUUUUUAUUGUUGUUUGAAAAUUGAUUGAUUUGGUUUCAACGAAAACUGUGUGAAUGUAAUGUGCGUAUAAUGAAUGCAUCAAAGCAUUUGUCCAGCGCUACGGUAGUGUUAUCAUGCAUAUACUUGUGCUAAGGUUUCAGGUUUAAUAAGAUAAAUAAGUUUUUUUGCGGAUAACUUACAACUUUUCAGUCUAAAGCUGAAAAAGAAAAUAACCCAAGUUAGGGAAAUUCUACCAAUGUAUAAAAUAAUGUUUGCUUUAUCUGAAGGCCAUUGUUAAUAUUUUUGCAUGGGGGUUUCAUAUUCUGUAAUUAUUGAUACUUUUCAACAGGUAACUUUUGUAUAGCAUUGAUUUAGGGACGCGUGCAAAUAUUAUGCUUAGUUUCAUGUUUUGAUGACUCCGGAUAAUGUACAUACAAUGAAGAACUUUUAAAUCUGAGUCCUUGCAUCUAAUCGUACAUGUAUGGUACAAACUGGUACAAACAAUUUGUUAGCUGUGUGUUAUUGUGCCCAAUGUCAUGCCAUGAUAACACGACUGUAAUUCUAGAAUAUAACACAUAAUUUAUAGAUCGAUAGCUAUAUUUUGUACAUAGGUAUUGUAAUAAUAAUUAAAUUAAAUAGUAAGUAAGAAUAA